AUGCCUCCUCGUCCUCGACUAGUAUUUCUUCCCAAAAAGCCACCCAUCCCAUCCCGACUUUCCCCUCUUCUUUUCUCUUCCAUGUCCUCCGACUUCAAGAUUGCCGUCUCCCAUAAGAGAGAUAUUUCCAUUGACGAUCAAAGCCCUCGCAAGAAAAUGGCCCAGCAAAGCACUGGCAAGUGCCCCGUCGUGCACACUGCCGACACUGGCAGAAAGAACCCCGACUGGUGGCCCAACGCUGUCAAGCUCAACAUCCUCCGCCAGCACAACCCUUCUAGCAACCCCUACGGCCCCGACUUUGACUAUGCCGCGGCCUUCAAGACUCUCGACUACAAUGCCCUCAAGAAGGAUCUCCAUGACCUCAUGACCGACUCCCAGGACUGGUGGCCUGCUGACUUCGGUCACUAUGGCGGUCUCUUCAUCCGUAUGAGUUGGCACGCCGCCGGUACCUACCGUGUCUUUGAUGGCCGCGGUGGUGGCGGUGAGGGCCAGCAGCGUUUUGCUCCCCUCAACAGCUGGCCCGACAACGGUAACCUGGACAAGGCCCGUCGUCUUCUCUGGCCCAUUAAGCAGAAGUACGGCAACAAGAUCAGCUGGGCUGAUCUGCUCGUCCUGACCGGCAACGUCGCUCUCGAGUCCAUGGGUUUCAAGACCUUUGGUUUCGCCGGUGGUCGCGCUGAUACCUGGGAGUCUGACGAGGCCGUCUACUGGGGUUCUGAGCCCGAGUGGAUGACUGACAGCCACCGUUACGGCAAGGACUCCUCCGGCAAGCGUGACCCCGAGAGCCUCGAGAAGCCUCUUGGUGCCCAGAUCAUGGGUCUCAUCUACGUCAACCCUGGUGUUGAAGACCCCGUCACUGCCGCCCACGACAUCCGCACCACCUUCGGUCGCAUGGCCAUGAAUGACGAGGAGACUGUUGCUCUCAUCGCUGGUGGUCACACCUUUGGCAAGACCCACGGUGCUGCCCCUGACAGCAACGUUGGUGCCGAGCCUGCUGGCGCUGGCAUUGAGGCCCAGGGCUUCGGAUGGAAGAACGGCCACAACUCCGGCAAGGGCCCCGACGCCAUCACCUCUGGUCUCGAGGUCAUUUGGACCAAGACCCCUACCAAGUGGAGCAACCAGUUCUUCGAGUACCUCUUCAAGUACGAGUGGGAGCUCACCAAGAGCCCUGCUGGCGCCCCCCAGUGGGUUGCCAAGAACGCUGAGCCCUUCAUUCCCGAUGCCUUUGACUCCAACAAGAAGCAUCUCCCCAGAAUGUUGACGACUGACCUGUCACUCCGCGUGGAUCCUGCCUACGAGAAGAUCUCUCGCCGCUUCCUUGAGAACCCCGACCAGUUCGCUGAUGCCUUUGCCCGUGCCUGGUUCAAGCUGCUGCACCGCGAUCUCGGCCCCAAGGCUCUCUACCUUGGCCCCGAGGUUCCCUCUGAGGACCUCCUCUGGCAGGACCCCAUCCCUGCGCUCAACCACCCCGUCAUCGAUAACAACGAUGCCGCUUCUCUCAAGAAGGCUAUCCUCGACACUGGCCUCAGCACCUCCAAGCUCGUCUCCACUGCCUGGGCCUCUGCCUCUACUUUCCGUGGCAGCGACAAGCGUGGUGGUGCCAACGGUUCUCGCAUCCGCCUCGCUCCCAUGAAGGACUGGGAGGUCAACAACCCCUCUCAGCUCUCCGAGGUCCUCAGCCAGCUCGAGGGUAUCCAGAAGAAGUUUAACGACUCCCAGAGCGGCGGCAAGCGCGUCUCCAUUGCCGAUCUUAUCGUCCUUGCCGGUGCCGCCGGUGUUGAGCAGGCUGCCAAGGGUGCCGGUAUCGAUGUUACCGUCCCCUUCACUGCCGGCCGCAUGGAUGCCACCCAGGAGCAGACCGACAUCGAGUCCAACAACUACCUUGAGCCCAUCGCCGAUGGCUUCCGCAACUACACCGGCCGCGCUGCCAUUGACCGUCUGGAGCACUGGAUCGUUGACCGCGCUCAGCUGCUCACUCUUACUCCUCCUGAGCUCGCUGUCCUCGUUGGUGGUCUCCGCAGCAUCAACGUCAACUACGACGGCUCCUCCAACGGCGUUCUCACCUCGCGCCCUGGUACCCUGAGCAGCGAUUUCUUCACCAACCUCCUCGACAUGAACACUGUCUGGGAGCCCAUUCAGCCCGAGUCUGGUGUCUACAAGGGCAGCGACCGCAAGUCUGGCGAGCAGAAAUGGACUGCCACCCGUGUUGACCUCAUCUUUGGCUCGCACGCUGAGCUCCGCGCUCUGGGCGAGGUUUACGCCCAGCCCGACAAUGCUCAGAAGUUUGUCAAGGACUUUGUUGCCGCUUGGGACAAGGUCAUGAACCUCGACCGCUUCGACCUCCAGCCUGCCAGCAAGCCCCGUCUGUAA